AGUUUGGGUUUCCGCUGCGUCAGUGCACAACGUGCUUUCCUUCAUUGGCUGAUAUAAUUAAAACCAAACCGUAAGAGUCGAGGAAACUGGAUUUGCAAAGUAGCUGAGCCAAUACAGAAACUAUCUAAGUAGCUGUUUGGGUUGCUCAACAAGACCGACGUACAGCAAGAGAGCAAAAACACAUUAUUCCACCGUCUGAUGCGAUGUCUCUGGGGAGUACGACGAGGAUUUCUAUAUGACAUUUACUAUCUGAUGCUGAUAGGUGACAUCAUAUCUUUGUGCGAACAAAACAGGAAAAUGUUUUUGCAUGCUUGAAGAGGGGACUUACCACUUCCUCCUCCAAUACCUUUUACUUUCUGGCGAAGUGAAAAACCAAACUGUUUUCAAAUGUACUUGUUAUUCUCGGUGUCUGACAAGAGUUAGACACGUGAAGAAAAGGAGAACUAAACAGUAUUAAUUCGAUAAACUUGAUUUGAUAUAUUUAGGCCUAGUUUAGAGUUUACACAGUCCAGAUCCAAAAAUGGGGAGUCCAAAUACAAGCAUCUGCGUGGUCAACGACAACAUGGUGCCCUUCGCCACAAUCUACAUCCUCAUCUUCCUGAUUGGAAUGGCUACCAGCAUGGUGGCACUGUGGGCCUUCAUAACCAGCCGAAGUGCUAAAAAGUGCAUUAAUGUUUACUUCAUCAAUCUUCUGACGUCCGACUUCCUCCUCAUGCUGGCGUUACCCGUCAAGAUUGCUAAAGAUCUGGGCAAUGAAUCGAAGAGUUUGACCAUCUUUCAUUGCCAAGUGAGUUCGCCACUCAUCUACAUCAACUUGUACGCAUCCAUUAUCUUUCUAGCUUUUGUUAGCGUUCAGCGCUACCUCCAGAUCACUCGCAGCUCCAAACUGCUGCGAUUGCAGGAAGUGGGAUUUGCGAUUCUGAUGUCAUCGGUGGUCUGGUUCCUUGUGCUCUUCAUCAAUGUGCCCAACAUGGCCAUCCCCAUCAAAGAAAACAUUGAAGACAAAGUUGGGCUAACAUGUUCUGACUUAAAAGAUGAUUUGGGCAAGCACUGGCAUGCAUUGUCUGUAUUUCUGGGCAUGGCUAUCUUCUUCAAUGCUUCAGUAGCUGUGCUUUUGUCCAACGGCCUGGUCUUGAAGCAGCUUUGGGGUCGCCGUGAAUGUGACCCUGAGGAACAGGCUAGUGCCCGACAUGCCUUCAUAAACAUUGGGUUGGUGACCUUGGCUUACGUGGUGUGCUUCGUGCCGUACCACGCCGUGCGUAUGCCUUACACUUUUACGCAGAUGGACGUCAUCACUGAAUGCACGUGGAAGAAGAAUCUCUUCCUGGCCAAAGAGUCUACUCUACUUCUUGCCAUCCUACACCUGUGCUUUGAUCCUGUGCUGUACUUUGUCAUCUGCCGUGCAUUCAGGCAUCAGAUCACAAAGGCCUUCUCAAACAUACGCACCGUUCCAAAUGCAGAUCCAGAGUGAAAAUUCCAUCAGAGGAGAGUUAUGGACUUAGUAUCAGUGCAAAAUCCUUUGUUGAAUGUAGGGUGAAGAAAGUUUCUUGAUGAACUGCAGAUUGGUGAUGUAGGAAAAGCAAAAAAGCUGAACAAAGCAGAAGACCGAAGUCUGGGGGAAAGAAGAAUGUACAAAGACCUUUGGCCAAAAAUGGCAAAAAAUGUCAGUUGAAAAAGUCGUUGCAAUACAAGUUAAUGGAACUCUAUAAUUUAAACUUAAGUCUUCUAAUAUAACUACAGAAGAUGGACUGUGCAAUGAUGCUCAAAUGUGGAUUAUACAAUGAUGUUUGUACUGUAUGUUUAUGUUUGUGUGUGUGUGUGUGUGGGGGGGGGGGAUGGGGGGGGUCAUUAUGGGGACAUUUUUUGGUCCCCAUGAGGAAAACAGAUCAUAAAUCAUACAGAAUGAUGUUCUUUGAAAAUGUAAAAAUGCAGAAAGUUCUAAAAAUCAUUAUGUCUAUGGGAAUUCCCCAUAAAACAUGAAAACCCAACGUGUGUGUGUGUGUACACAGGUUUCAGUUACAUAGUGAAAGAUUAUGACAACCAACUAGUGAUCACAUUUUACUGGUUUUUAUUUAAAUCUAGUGUUUUGAACAUGUUUCUGUGAUGGGUCGGUUAAGCCAUAGAAAAUAUCACCUGAUAUAAAUUAUUCAUUUAAUUUUUUAUUUUUGGUGGUUUUGUCUUGCAAAGUGGGGAAAAGGGUGGGUAAUGGGACUGUGAAAGGGCCAAGAGGGACUUGAACUUGCAUCAUCCAAAGGGUGACAGCGCUACAGGCUAACAGCUCAAUCAUGAAUUUAAUUUAAUUAAUUAAAAAUUUAAAUAACUAAUUUAAUUUUUUUUUUUAAGUUUUAACUAUGUAAGCAUUGAUCAUUCAGUGAAUAAAUUGUAUUCCACAUCCAAAAUUCCUGAAAAAACAAUAAACAAUAAAAACAAUAAAUUAAGCAUGUUAACUCUUUUAAAUUUAUAUAUAUAUAUGUAUAUAUAUAUAUAUAUAUAUAUAUAUAUAUAUAUAUAUAUAUAUAUAUAUAUAUAUAUAUAUAUAUAUAUAAAUCAAUGUUACAACAACAGUUAAUAAUGUCCCUCUCUUGUCUCUCUCUUAUCUCUUAUUUGAUUGAUGAUCUUUUUGUUUGCAUUUUCAGUUACCUUAUUAUUCCCAGAAAUGAGUGAAAGAGGGUCAAUCGAUGUCAGUUCUCUGUGAGUCACGUCUCUGAUGAUAUGACUGUCAGAAAAACUGUAGCGUAGGAUGAGUUAAAAGGUUAUGUGAAAACAUGGACAUGGAAAGAAUGUUUUUUUUUUUUGUUUUGUUUUUUUCUGUGUGUGUGUAGGCUAUAUAUACAAGCUAACAAGCAUUAUGUUUGUUAAUGUUAGUAAGUAAAAUAUAAUUGUUCAUCGUUCAUGUUAUUUCAAAUGCAUUAACUAACUUUAACAAAUGCAACUUUUAAAAAAAGAAAUGUAUUAGUAAAUGUUGAAAUUAACUUUGACUAAGAUUAAUAAAUGCUGUAGAAGUA